CUUCAUCUUCCUACCCAUUCCCUCAGUUUUCGUUAUGCAGGUAACUUUGCCACUUUCAAGUUUCAAAUCAAAAACACCACUAUUUAAAAAAUUUGAAUCUCACAAUAGCAUACUCGUAAUUAAUCUUUCUUCCGGUACAUUUCGCUCGACUGCGAACCAAAUCUCGAUAACUAUGACACUUAACUCAUUCCAUAACUUCAAUAGCUGCUAUGAACGGAGGUACCUAACGAGAGUAAUUACACGGUUCAAUACCUUGACAUUCUCAUUAACUGCGAUUUUCACUAAUGGAUUAAUUAAGAUUAACGCCUCUAAUAUUUAUUGUUAAGCCGUUACCAUAUCUACAUAAAUACCCCCAAAAAGUACAGAUACUUUUGAAGGAUGUCAUGUCCACGUGAACUUAUAUGCUUAUACUGUUAGCCGCCAGGCUGCGCUCCUCAACACAGAGAUACUCCGCCCGUGUAACGCGGCCCUGCCGCGCUACGAGCUACGUACGCUCGUGUAACUCUUCGCACUUGCUGUUUUGUUAUACUACGUGUUAGAUGUGUUCUCCGUGUAUCCGAGUAUUAUUUUGUUGUUUGAUGAAGUAUUGUUUUAUUUGAUUAAUAUAUUAAUUGGUUAAUUAAUAUUCACCGUGUCGACUCGUUAUUUCGUAAUUAUCAAUUACUCAAGUUCUCGCCGAUAUCAUGGCUGAUAGACAUCGUAGAGAUGAUGAUGACCGUAAGAGCAGACGAGAUGAAGACAGGUAUCACCGGUCUAAAGCCCAGAAACGGUCCAGAUCAGACUCCCGAAGCCGCCACCGACGUCAUCGUUCCAGUGAGGAACGCGAGAUAGAUAUAGAAGCUGAAACGCGACGAAUGAACGAGAUUCAGGCCAAUAUUGAACGUCAACGCCAGAGAGACAGAGAAAGGGAAGAAAGUAACCGAAGAAAAGCCCAUAAGUCUGAGUCGUCGAGAUCAAAUCGAGAUCUGGAGUCUGAACGGAGAGGCGGGCCGCAGCAGGCCAACUAUGCUAGUCACCGACCAGUUAUCAGACGGAGCGACGGAAAACCCCAACCGAGACCGCCUUACAACGGCGAUACCCUACCGAGACCGCCCGAUCACAAUUGUUACAACUGCUCCAACCCGGAUCACUACGAUUACGAAUGUCCGAAGUGGGAAGAUGGACCGAGGUGUUUCAGAUGUUCGGAGUGGGGUCAUUUUGGAACGACGUGCUACAAUCCCCGCGUAUUCUACAAACACGAAUUCGCAAAGUACCGAGAUAGUUCCCGAGACAACCGGAUCAGAGAUACAAUUAACGGAGCAGCCCAAUUAAUUAGCGGUGAACGGCAACCGGAGGAUUUUAUGGGUAUACCGAGAUUCGACCAAGACGCGAGAAACGAUAUCGAAGAAAAUCGUCGAAGACAUCAAUCGUCGAGCCGUUACCGGUCACCGAACCGCGAAGAACAACAUCGCAGCCGCUCAUCCCCGCCUGUAUUCGAUAUAGGCGGCGUCGAGUAUUCGUCGUUUUUGGACACCGUCGGACCAGCCAUUAUUGGCCAACCGAUGGUUCAACCGCCGCCUGGUUUUCCGCUGAUUCCACCAGUUCCGAAGCCGGCCUACCUGGAACAUACGAAAGAACAGACGAUGCUGCCGUUUACCAACACACCGCAGCCAGGAACCAGCGCUUCGACGUCGAAAACAGAGAAACCGGUUGAAAUGAAUCCGAUUGGGUGUAUUAAGGCGCCGGAGAAUAAAACAGAGAAAGGAUCAAGCCCAAAUAAACCGCAAACGAAAGCCGCGAAGAAAGAAGGCACUUCAACGGACGAAAUUUUCAAAAAGUUUCGUGAACAGAAUCCGAACGCCGGUAAAUCGCCUUUGAAUCUUGGAAAGGUGUAUAAUCCACGCAGGGACGCGAGGACACCGAAGAAAACGGAUACGAACAGAGAAGGCCCGGAACAUCGUAAACCGACGAAGCCGACUAAACUCGAUCGUACAAUUGCGGCGCCGAAACCCCCAACCCCGCCACCGAUGCCGGAAAAACCGUUGUGGGAAGUUAAAUCGACGAAAGCGGUUACCGAAGCCGAAAUGGAUACAACGGCUCAAUCCGAGGCGAAAACCGACGACGAGUGGAACAAGCCAGGCCCGAGUUCAGCACAGAGGAAUGCAACAGAGAAGCCGCAUUUAAAUUCGUUAGGCCAAGAUAUGAAUGCGCCGCGGCCACGCACGCCCGAAAUCAUCCGGCAAAACCUACUAAUUCGGCCAGACAUUCCGUGCGAAGAAGAAUGGGAAAUUGGCGACGGAGAAGUGAUUGAUCGACGGAGAGCGAAUUAUCGUUCCGUUAAUUUCAUGUACGUGAAGCAGAUCAUGGAAUUGAACUUCACGAAGGUCAACGAGAGGCUCACCGAGAUCGAAACGCGCCUUCACCGAGAGCAGGUUCCUGAUGAAACAGACGAGGGAAGGCCGAUGCCGGAUGCCAAGACGGCCCUGUUAACCAGGCAACAGGAGGAGUUAAACGACGCAGCGAUGGCGAUCACGCGCGUAUUGGAAGAUCCUGGUUCAAUUGAAGACGCGAUUGAAGGUCUGCAUCAAUUAAUCGAGAUGUCGCGUAUUUACCACUUUGCGCUGGAUGAACACCCGCAACGCGUAUUAAUGAUGCUGCGAACAGAGAACCUGACCAUUGAUGAACGUAGAAGUCAGAGAAAUCGCGAACGGAGACACCGCAAUCGAGCGCAUCGCCGAAACGCCGAUAACGUAGACGACGGUAUUGACGUCGAUUAUUUUUCCGAUUUUGAAGAUCGUGGUCCAGGCGAUGCUGCGCCAAAUUUUCAAUUACUAGGCGAACGUUUACUUGAUGAAGCCUAUCAACGGAGAAAUCAACACGAUAACGACGAUCAACCAAUGGGAUAAACAGAGAGAAAAACAGAGAAAAAUUUUUUAUUUGUAAUUUGUCGUUGAAUUGUUCCGAAUAUUCAUGUGUUGAAUCUGUGUUCCUGUUUAUUUGAAUUUUGUGAUUUAUUUGUUCCUGUUAAUUAUAAGCUGUAAAUAUGUUUUUGCGAAAGAUGAGUCGCGCAGGGAGGGAGUGUUAGCCGCCAGGCUGCGCUCCUCAACACAGAGAUACUCCGCCCGUGUAACGCGGCCCUGCCGCGCUACGAGCUACGUACGCUCGUGUAACUCUUCGCACUUGCUGUUUUGUUAUACUACGUGUUAGAUGUGUUCUCCGUGUAUCCGAGUAUUAUUUUGUUGUUUGAUGAAGUAUUGUUUUAUUUGAUUAAUAUAUUAAUUGGUUAAUUAAUA